AUGAGCAACUCUAAUGAGACGGCUCAGAACAGUUUCACACCGCUCACCUUCCACAGUACAUUGGCCCACGCCUUCGGCAAUGGGCUGAAUUGGAACAGAAUGGAACCACAUGAACAUGUCAUGCCCCUUUCCUCAACAGCGGAAUUCUCUAUCUUUGGCGAUGGUCAACAUCUGCCUCAAAAGAGUACCGAGAUCAGUACCCAACAGCUUUCUCGAAAGCCAGCCAAGAACAACAAGGCCAAAGUUGUGUUUCACAAGUUCGGCCAACUCGUCGCUGAAAUCCGCCUCAUGAUCUGGCACCAAGCUAUCGUCGCCGAGACUCCAGAGCGCCUCAUCCCCAUAUAUAUGCGAGGCCCCACGGCUACAAUCGUCCCGCACAAACAUUUGGCCUCGCGGUUUCUUGCCGUAAACUGGGAGUCCCGUCAUGAAGCUCAGGUCUUCUACCCCAUGAGGUUUCCGCUUGCGCUUGCCGCAAAUUCUUCGGUUGCUGAAGGCUCUGUGUAUGGAUCAUAUUGUGGCACGCUGUAUCUCGCCCCACAAUACGACAUGUUCGUUCGCGGGCUGCGAGACACGGCCUUCGGCCUAAUACCUACCAGGGCACUCCUAGACACGGCGGCCGUGGCUAGAAUACGAAACCUCGCCGUGGUCCAGCUCAACCAGGACAAGGCGGAUACCGAAUCGGUCACGCUAAGGGAUCGCUACGACAACGCACCCUCGUUUCGGGGCAUCGUCGACCACGACCGAGCCGUGGGCCCCAAGUUCUGGAACCUCAGAUACUUCCCCAACGUCCGGGAACACUACACCAUCCACACUCCCUCCCAGACUAAACUCACCACAGUGAUCAUGCAACGGCCCGAGAGCGUGAUGCCGUUCUACGAAGUCCGCCGCUGGUCCAAAAUCACGGAUCACCCCGACGUUCCCGGCAAGACCCUGUGGUUCAUGAGCAAGGAGCGAACGGAUGGGUUCCCACAAGGUGUGGGCAGCGACGCGCCCGAGGACUUCGAUCUGUGGGAUAUCCUCGACCAAAGGCGGUUGCGAUGGGGGAAGGUGCCUGCCGAUAAUUACCUCAAGGACGGCGUACAUCUGGAGGAUAUUUGGCAGCGCUAA